AUUUUAUUAUUACAGGUUGAUACGAAGCGUGUUAAGAUUCUUAGCCGAGUGACCUUGAAUGUGUCUGACAGUGACCAGCUGCAGUAUUUGAUGUCCCCAGAAGUCCAGGAAUAUGACAUUGUUGCUGUUAGACCAACCUCUGCUGAAAUCUUUGCUAAAGCUGCUAAGUAUGUCAAUUUAGAUAUUAUACAACUAGAAAUGGAGAAAAGCACCAAAGUUAUAACACCUGGAGGACUGAGUGAGGCCAUUGAGCUUCGAGGCCCACAUGAUGUAGCCAAUUUAGGCUUACUGUUUGGACUCAAUGAGACCCAAGCCAAAAACUCGGUCUCUAGAAGCUGUAGAAGUGUGCUCCUCCACGCAGAGGAAAGACGGGCCUUGAAAGCUGCAGUGGCACUGUCAAUCGGUGACCUUCAAGAUGAUCAAAAGUGGGUCAAGAACAAAUUGAAUGAAAUUAACUCAGUAGAGACGACAGAAGAAUCAUCUCCAAAGAAGCGAAAACUUGAAUGAAAUUCAAAAGUGUUUUAUUGAUGAAAAAACCCCCAUCAAAAUGAAUGAUAGACUUGUAAUGUUUUAUUCACAUUACAUAAAAACUCUACAAUGUAUUGUAAAUGAUGUGGGCAUUGAUAUUCCGUUAUCUGUAGAAAAGGAGUGAAAAUGAAAUAAAGAAGAAUAUAAAAUUUGA